CGUGGUUCACAGUUCAGUAAGUUGACAGCUCAACAACUCGUUUCCACAAUGCAAAAAAAUCAACAAAAUAACCACGUUUUCACGUGUUUGUUGACAUUUGUAUUGUAGUCAUACAUGAGCUGAAUGCAGAUCCUUUGAACUGAAAGUGUUCUAUAGAUUUUAGUCCGUGGUUUCCCGAUCAAAAUGUCGUUUCUUAUGGAUUCAGUGAUCAUGUUCACCUCACAGGUAAGAAUAGCUAGCUAUCUUUUCUUGGGUGGCUGUCCUUCUAGCUAGCUAACCGUUAGUGUAACCUUACAAGAAACUGCUAGCUACUAUAACACCACUUUUGGCUCCCGUUGCUUAACCAGCUAUCAUGUUAGGCAUUUAGAAUGUUGGCACAUACUAUGUCUGGGGCAAGUUUACUAACGUGAAACUCUUUCAACUCUCUUGACCCAGGUGUUCUUCUUUGGCUUUGGGUGGCUGUUCUUCAUGCGGCAGCUGUUCAAAGACUAUGAGGUAUGUUAUUUAGUUACUACACAAGUACUGUUAUAUCAGUUAUGAUUUGGUAGACAGUAAUCUACAUACCUUGUAUUUAUUUUUGUAGCUGUUCCUGGACUGUUUUUGUUUAAGAACAGUUGUGAGAACCAGCAUGAAACAGACUGAUCCAUCAGCAUGGGUGUUUACACAGUAGUGAUCUAUUGAGAAUGAACUUACAGAGAUCUAACUCUGUGGUCAUGUUCCGGUCAACAGGUACGGCAGUAUGUGGUCCAAGUGGUGUUCUCCAUCACCUUUGCCUUCUCCUGCACCAUGUUUGAGCUCAUCAUCUUUGAGAUAUUGGGUGCCUUAGAAACUAGGUAAGUACAAUGGUUUAAUUCAUUCUUUACAUGACCAUGUUCAUUCGGUAUGAUACUUUGCUCUCCAUCAACCAGCUAAAAUAGGCUAGCUGAUGUCCUUGUAUCUGUGUUCCUCAGUUCCAGGUAUUUCCACUGGAAGUUCAACCUGUAUGUGAUUCUACUGGUUCUAAUCUUCGUCGUGCCUUUUUAUAUCGGCUACUUUGUCGUCAGCAACAUCCGCCUGUGUGAGUGACAUUUUGUCCAUAUUAUUCCAGCUGUAGCAUAAUUCCAUUGAUCCUUCCGUGUUUGAUGCUACAGAAUGUAUGAUGGGUGCUGUCUUGCUGGGGAUUCUCACAUGCAGUCUCUGAAGUGUAUGUUGUGUGUUUGUGUUCAGUGCAGAGACAGAAGCUGCUCUUUGCCUGUGUCGUCUGGUUUACCUUCAUGUAUUUCUUCUGGAAGUUGGGGGACCCUUUCCCCAUCCUCAGUCCCAAACAUGGUGAGUGCCUGCCCUGCCCCCUCGCCCUAUUCUCACUGCUGUGUGUAAGGCUCUAUUCCAAACACAUUUCCAAUUCACACAUGCAUAUUCAUACACACUUGUACAUGUGUGAAAUAGAACAAAUAUAAGCACCAACCAAAUUAUUAUAAGGACUGGAUGGUAACAGUGAUUGUAAAUAAUGUUUCUUUCUAUACCUGUUUCUGUACCUCAGGUAUCCUGUCCAUCGAGCAGCUGAUCAGUCGUGUUGGGGUCAUAGGGGUCACGCUGAUGGCUCUAUUGUCCGGCUUUGGUGCUGUCAACUGCCCUUACACCUACAUGUCCUACUUCCUACGGUUAGUGGACUAAGUCUAUAUAGUCCAAAACAGCAUUAAACAACUACAUUACCUACAAUCCCAUUCUCUAACUCCCCAUAGACGUCUGCUACUCUACUUCUCACAUACUCUAUGCGUCACAACUAAAUGACCUACACUCUCAUUCACCACUACCCUCACUACAUUUAUACCUAUGUGAUGCAUUGCAUCUUUAUCUACAGGAAUGUGACAGAGAGUGAUAUUCUUGCCUUGGAGAGGAGACUUCUUCAGACCAUGGACAUGAUCGUCAGCAAGAAGAAACGGUGAGAGAGAGAGAAAGGGAGAGGGGAAUAUAUGUAUCUAGAGAGAGCAUAGAGACCCUUACCUUUUUCUGAUAAUGAAGUCAUUCUAAGGCUCUAGUGUACUUUUCUGUUGUCCUGUGCCAGUGUUUGGUAUCAUGCGUUUUGUGUUUUAUCUGUAUAGCAUUGCCAUGACGCGGAGGCAGAUGUACCAGCGAGGGGAGGACCAGAACAAACAGACGGGAUUCUGGGGCAUGAUCAAGAGUGUCACCUCCUCACCAACAGGCAGCGAGAGUAUCCUUCACUCCUCAUAAUGGGAAGUGUGUGUUUUUGUUGUGUGUGUGUGUAUGGUUCCUUGACCCCCCCUCUCCAGAUUUGUCUCUGAUCCAGCAGGAAGUGGAUGCUCUGGAGGAGCUGAGUCGCCAGCUCUUCCUGGAGACAGUGGACCUGCAGGCCACCAAGGUAACGCAUGAGCGCGCUCGCAUAACGGGGGCGAGACCACCGGUCCAGUUGAACCAUGAUAAAAACCCUAUUUACUGUUGACGAGCAGAUUGUAUAUCAUUCAAACACACAUCUUUAUUUGAACUAUAUCUAAAUGUCCCAAAUGGACAUGUCCAAAGAGAUGAAAAAGUUAAAAGUUCUGUUUUAAAAAUAUUUUUGGAAUGUUCUGUGGUCCCCCAACGGCAGGCACACAUUGAGGGCUCCAAUUUAGUAGCAAUUGCAGCAGGCCUCUCCUGGGUGGUGUUGUACUGAGUGAAAGACAAAGAUUCUGUCAGCAAAGGACACUGUUGCACUAAGGUGCCGUAGGCCAAAUACACAACUCCACAAUACACAUUCAACAAAUUCACAAUAAACCAAAAUAGUUACUAAAUAAAGGAAUACAGUAAUAUCAAAGCAAAAACAAAUGAUAAUGGAAAAUAGUAACUAAAUUCACACAAGGUAAUGCAAAUACAAAAUAAAUGGAGAGGCAAGGGAUAGUGGUUCAGGUAACGUUAUCGGGUAUUCUUUAGAGGACAAUGUCUAUUCACAAUAGUCUUUGGAGCAAAAGCUAGUGGGGGGACAGUUCAGAUGUGAGCUGGUAGGGUUCAGCCAGAAAAUGAGCUUUAAUCCACAAUGUUUUGCAAUCCAAUGGCUAUAUGGAAUUCGAGGGUUGUCCAUGGCUACGGCUGCGGCUGAAAUCGGAGAGGCGCAGGCUACUUAAUUUAGGGAUUGUGAAUGUGUUUCACCCUCCCAGUACCCCAAAAGGCCUCCUCUCUGGUUCAAUCUGGUUUACAGUAGUUUGUUGCGUCGAUGGCCAUCUGUAGUGUGCGGGGCUCAGGUCCACGCAGCUAUAAAUUCAGUCCACAGAUACACUGACAUUAAUGAGUGCGUAGCACGCAAAUCAGUAGAGAAUGUCAACAGGCUGCGCUAUCAGGAGAACUGUUGGAGAUGGGAUAUGGAGAGGUACUUAGCUUUGAGGAAGGGUGAAGUGUUCUCCCGCCCAAUUUCCUGUCCCUCCCGCUCGCCGGCAGCCGUCAAUUUGAUUCGCAGUGACUCGUUGUCUCAUAGUAUGCUACAGGUUCAAGCCACAGAUACAUUGGCAUUAAUGAGUGCGUAUGACACAACACAGUAGAGAAUGUCCACAUACGGCGCUAUCAGGCAUUAUGUUGGAGUUGGAUAUGGAGAGGUACUUAGCUUUGGGAAGGGUGACACGUUCACCCUCCCAAUUCCCCAAAAGGCCUUUUCUCUGUCUCCUCUGGUCCAGGUCCUCUACAGCUACAGCAUGUCGUCAUCAGUCGCCUCGGUUCUGGCUCUGUAACUGCUCUGCUCACAGCUCACAUCGUCCCACACAGCUCACAACGUCCUGCACCUUAAAUAAAGAACAGGUUUGAGCAACUCACCGGUCCCAAUUUAGUGACGCUUUAAUUACUUACUCUCGUGAUCAAAAGGGGGAAAAAGAGUGCGCAUCUAUAUCUGUCUCGGUAAAACAUGUACCAGGUGAAUACGAUUCUGGCCUGGGCAUAUAAUGCAAUGUAAGAGGGCAGCUUCUAGUCAGAUACAUAGUCACCCAUGUGACACACACGUAUCUAUCUUAACCUACUACUACUACUAAUAUACUACUACUAAUACAAAGUAAAUAAAUAGUAAUUCAACACUUGGGCACAGUUCAUUCAGGGCUCAGAGAUUCACAGGAAGCCCAUCACUGCAGCCAACUCCCAACACCCCAGGAAUGGCUUCCAGUUUCUCAAUGUCUUCAUCAGAAAAGAGCGGCCACUCCUCGCCAGAGCUCAGUCUGGGCUGGUAGGCCUUCGUCACACCCCUGUAAAACUCAACUUUGCGCCUCAGUUCUAUGUGCUGGUGGAAUAGACGUUGUUUCCCCUGCUCAGGAAGCUGCUGAUUGUGGUAUCGGAAGCUGGCCAUUUGUAGGGACUUCCAGUACCACUCACAAUUGUAGACCUCUGAGAGACUCGGGAGGUCCUGACCUAAAUUCACACAUAAAACCAGAUCUAUGGUUAGGUACCUAAAUGAAUUCUAAUUAUAAUGAGAGAUACACAAAAAUAAGCAAUGAACCAAAUCCUGGUAAGAAUACAAUAUUUCUUACCAUUGUUGAUUUAGUCUGAUGGUCUUGCAGGAAGAUACUGAUGUCCCUGUGCCAUCCGUGGUACAGACUGGUUGAAUCGCCGGGUAUUGAAGCUCAUUUCUGAAAUAUGGAUAAUCUUGGAAAGCAGAAACCAGUUGCACAUCUAGUCUUGGGGUUGUUGUCACCAAAGAGUCCAAAAUGAUCGAGUUCCAAAUCAAAUGAAAAUAAAGGUGCCUAACAACCAAAUAUUCUAAACUGAAACAUUAUAUUAAAGUAAACAGGAUUUAAUUUCAAAGCAUACUCUCUUUUCUGUAUUACCAUAUUCCCAAACAAAUUAUGAGUGCGAAAUAACAGGUAAAUAUUAUUAAUUCAGAGGGGAUUUCAUGAUACAUUAUUUCCCCCCCCCAUAUUACAGUGUGUUCGGAAAGUAUUCAGACCCCAUUACUUUUUCCACAUUUUGUUACUUUACAGCCUUAUUCUAAAAUUGAUUGAAUUGUUUUUUCCCCUUAUCAAUCUACACACAAUAUCCCAUAAUGACAAAGCAAAAACUGGUUUUUAGAAAUGUUUGCAAAUUUAUAAAAUAUAAAAAACUGAAAACACAUUUACAUAAGUAUUCAGACCCUUUACUCAGUACUUUGUUGAAGCACCUUUGGCAGCGAUUACAGCUUCAAGUCUUCUUGGGUAUGACGCUACAAGCUUGGCACACCAGUAUUUGGGGAGUUUUUCCCAUCCUUCUCUGCAGAUCCUCUCAAGCUCUGUCAGGUUAGAUGGGGAGCAUCACUGCAGAGGUUUUUUCAGGUCUCUCCGGAGAUGUUCGAUCGGGUACAGGUCCGGGCUCUAGCUGGGCCACUCAAGGACAUUCAGAGACUUGUCCCGAAGCCACUCCUGCGUUGUCUUGGCUGUGUGCUUAGGGUCGUUGUCCUGUUGGAAGGUGAACCUUCGCCCCAGUCUGAGGUCCUGAGCGCUCUGGAGCAGGUUUUCAUCAAGGAUCUCUCUGUACUUUGCUCUGUUCAUCUUUGCCUCGAUCCUGACUAGUCUCCCAGUCCCUGCCGCUGAAAAAACAGGUUUCCUCCAGACGUGACGCUUGGCAUUCAGGCAAAAGAGUUCAAUCUUUGUUUUGUCAGUCAAGAAAAUCUUGUCUUUAGGUGCCUUUUGGGAAACUCCAAGCAGGCUGUCAUGUGCCUUUUACUGAGGAGUGGCUUCCAUCUGGCCACUCUACCAUAAAGGCCUGAUUGGUGGAGGGCUGCAGAGUUGGUUGUCCUUCUGGAAGGUUCUCCCAUCUCACCAGAGGAACUAGAGCUCUGUUAGAGUGACCAUCAGGUUCUUGGUCACCUUCCUGACCAAGGCCCUUCUCCCCUGAUUGCUCAGUUUGGCCGGGCGGCCAGCUCUAGUAAGAGCUCUAGUGGUUCCAAACUUCUUCCAUUUAAGAAUGAUGGAGGCCACUGUGUUCUUGGGGAACUGCAAUGCUGCAGACAUUUUUUGGUAUCCUUCCCCAGAUCUGUGCCUCGACACAAUCCUGUCUCGGAGCUCUAGGUACAAUUCCUUCGACCUCAUGGCUUGAUUUUUGCUCUGACAUGCACUGUCAACUGUGGGACCUUAUAUAGACAGGUGUGUUCCUUUCCAAAUCAUGUCCAAUCAAUUGAAUUUACCACAGGUGGACUCCAAUCAAGUUGUAAAAAAAUCUCAAGGAUGAUCAAUGGAAACAGGAUGCACCUCAGCUCAAUUUCGAGUCUCAUAGCAAAGGGUCUAUGAAUUCUUAUGUAAAUAAGGUAUCUGUUUUUUAUUUAAUUUUUUAUAAAUUUGCAACAAUUUCUAGAAACCUGUUUUCGCUUUGUCAUUAUGGGGUAUUGUGUGUAGAUUGCAUAACCCCCCCCCCCAAAACGAUGUAAUCCAUUUUAGAAUAAGGCUCUAACAUAACAAAAUGUGGAAAAAGUCAAGGGGUCUGAAUACUUUCCGAAGGCACUGUGUGUUCUUUGUCACACAUAGAGACAUGCACGCUUGCCCUGCACACACACCGGCAUGCAUGCACACACACACACACACACGAUGUCCAGGUCUUGUAUGUAGUGGACUAAGGCUAUUGUAAUGUACAUUUGGUUUUUAGUAAUGUGUCUUUGUCUCUCUUCUCUCUCCCGGCCUGUAGGAGCGGAUUGAGUACUCCAAGACAUUCCAGGGGAAAUACUUUAACUUCCUGGGUUAUUUCUUCUCCAUUUACUGUGUGUGGAAAAUCUUCAUGGUGAGAGUCACGCACUUACAGACAGCCUGACUGAGACCUAGACUCAUCUCGCCCAACUUGCUUUUGCUUAGCCUGCUUGACAGCCUGAAAAACAGCUAGAUGUGUCUGUCAGUUUAGAGAAUAUCCAGUGUGGCUUUUGAUCUCUUUUUAACUGUAAUUCAAAACAAUUAGGCCUGUUCUACCCAUAUAGUUUUGGGUUUAUACUUCCUGUACCGUCAGUGUGUUAUCAUAGCCACAUCAGGCCCCAGAGCUAUAUCUGUAGUAAUCUUUGUUUUUUGUCCCUCUAAGGCCACCAUCAACAUUGUGUUUGACCGUGUAGGGAAGACUGAUCCAGUGACGAGAGGGAUUGAGAUCACAGUUAACUACCUGGGCAUUCAGUUUGAUGUAGGCUCUUCCACAUGCAUAUGCUCUCACUCACUCUCUCACUCACUCUCUCACUCACUCAUUCUCUCACAGUCACAUGUCGUACAAAACGUUUCCAGUCAUGUUAAUGAUUGUCCAUUUAUUAAAGUAUCCUUCUGCAGUAAAGUUGUUCCUGACCUCUGAUCUAUUUCAACAUUUUUUCAAAGUAAAUUUAGGAGGUCCAUAAAUAGUAGUUGUGUUGGCAUGUUUUGUUGUUGCUCUAGUGUUCCUUACAUAUCCUCUACUCUGCAGGUGAAGUUCUGGUCUCAGCACAUCUCCUUCAUCCUGGUGGGCAUCAUCAUCGUCACCUCUAUUAGAGGCCUUCUCAUCACACUCACUAAGGCAAGCCAUCUACAGACAGGAAGUUGUCAGUCUACAUAGGCAUGUUACCAUGUACCCUAACCCCAAAUCUUGUCUGUCUGUUUCUCUCUAGUUCUUCUAUGCCAUCUCCAGCAGCAAGUCUUCCAAUGUUAUAGUGCUGGUCCUGGCUCAAAUUAUGGUCAGUAUGUCAUUUUGAUUAUGCAAUGUGUAUGACAGAGCAGAGGGCAUAUUAUUUCAGUGCAAAGCUAACGUUUUUGUGAUCAGUUGUAUAUUAGAUUUUUUCAAUAAAUACAAGAGCAAAGACGACUGACAUCCUCUGUGUCUCUCUCUCUGUGUCUCUCGCUCUCUCUGUCGCUCUCUCUGUGUCUCUCUCUGCAUCUCUCUCUCUCUGCAUCUAUCUCUCUCUCUCUCUCUCUCUCUGUCUCUCUCUCUCUCUGUGUGUGUCUCCUCUCUCUCUGUGUCUCUCAGGGGAUGUACUUUGUGUCGUCCGUUCUCCUCAUGAGGAUGAGCAUGCCUCUGGAGUAUCGCUCCAUCGUGACCGAGGUGCUGGGAGAGCUGCAGUUCAACUUCUACCACCGAUGGUUCGAUGUCAUCUUCCUCGUCAGCGCCCUCUCAAGCAUCCUCUUCCUCUACCUCGCCCACAAACAGGCGCCCGAGAAGCACAUGACCCCCUAGCACAUGACCCCCUGACCCCACUCUGAACUUGACCCCCUAGCACAUGACCCCCUGACCC